AUGAUGCACGAAGCAGUCGAGGCUGAAAGAGCAGCGAAGAUUAUUGAGAAGAACGAGAAGUCGAAGUCAAAGAAGAAUGCUCCUCACGACAUGCACGCAGCUUUAACUCUACGAAAGCGGGACGACAGGUUCUUCCGACAGCGGUAUUUCACGCUCGGUCUCGCACAUGCAGCGUCUAGGGGCGACUUGAGACUGAUGCAGUGGCUUGUUGGGCAAUUCCCCGGCUGCUAUGUGACGCUGGCGGUCGAAGAGGCAGCGAAGAAUGGACACUUGCACUCUCCACUGGAAGUGUUCUGGGGCUCGAGGGAGCUGUUCUACGCGGGCCAGAAUGGACACCUGGACGUCGUGAAUUGGCUGCAGGAGCACACUAACCCUACGCCGACGCAUAUGUUCUUCGUGACGCUGGAGGAGGCAGCGAAGAAUGGAGACUUAGCCAUGGUCAAGUGGCUGUGCGAAGUGCGCGGCGAGCAGUCGUCCUACGCUUCGGUUCUCGCAGCUAGCGAGGGACACUUGGAUGUGCUGAAGUGGAUGCGGGGCAACGUCUUCACCCCCACGCCGUCCGCGUCAAUGGACGACGCCGCUGCGAAUGGCCACCUCGACGUUCUGCAGUGGCUUCAGGCAAACUCGGGUUAUGCCACACCUGCGGCGAUGAACAAAGCUGCAGGCAACGGUCAUAUCGCAGUUGUAAAGUGGUUGCAUCAGAACAGGAAGGAAGGGUGCACAACAGCGGCGAUGGACAUGGCUGCAGCUAAUGGUCAUCUCGAACUGGUGCAGUGGUUGCAUGCUAAAAGACGCGAGGGCUGUACCAAAGCUGCGAUGGAUGAGGCAGCGACGCACGGAUACUUGGAUAUGGUUAAAUGGUUGCAUCUGAACCGCAAGGAGGGCUGCACGACGCGAGCGAUGGACGGUGCUGCUACGAAUGGCAAGCUGGAAGUUGUGCGGUGGCUGCAUGAGUGCAGGAGGGAGGGUUGUUCUACUGCAGCGAUGGAUGGUGCCGCUCGAACGAACUACUUGGACGUGGUGGAAUGGCUGCACAAGAACCGAAAGGAGGGGUGCACUACCGGAGCUAUGAACGAUGCUGCGUGCAAUGAACACUUGAGAAUGGUGCAGUGGCUUCAUUCACAGCGCAAAGAGGGCUGCACUACCGAUACAAUGGACCAAGCGGCGGCACACGGCCACUUACCUGUUCUAAAGUGGCUGCAUGCGCAGCGCAAGGAAGGAUGUACUACCGGGGCCAUGGAUGGAGCAGCGGGCGGAGGUCAUCUCGAAGUGGUACAAUGGUUGCACGUUAAUCGACUGGAAGGGUGCACGACGGCUGCGAUGGAUAAUGCCGCAGCUAAGGGCCAUCUAAAAGUGGUCCAGUGGUUGCAUACGAAUCGUAGCGAGGGUUGUACGAGAGCGGCAAUGGACGAAGCUGCAGCAGGCGGCCGCUUCGAGUUGAUGUUGUUCCUGCAUAACGAGCGGUCAGAGGGUUGCUCGUCCAAGGCGUUCGUGAACGCCACGACAUCGGACGAGAUAACCAUCUUGCAGUGGCUGUUCGAGCACUACGAAAAGGAAUUUGGACGAGACCCGCUGCAGCUGUACGCGUUUGAUAAGUUCUACACGCUGCGGUGGCUCAAGCAGAAGGCGAAAAGCGAUCCGAGUGCCCAAGGUAGACGCUAA